ACAAGCUACGGUUCGUCAAGCCACAUUGAGCUUCCUUGCGAGACCCGGCAACCCGGCGAGACGCCGACUUGACAAAAAGUUUUGAACCGCGUGGUUGCUGGUCGAUCUUUUGUAAAUUAUUGACAAGACUCAUCAUGAAGCUGAAGAAGGCUCAAGGGGCACCUGGGGCAAAGCCAUCUAAGGCCGGCAAGGAAAAGAAGUUGCUCAAGGCGAAUGACAACGAUGGAGAAGUGGAGUCGGACACGGAAGACUACCUCAAAGUUUCUGCAACUCCAAACAAGAAACCGAAGGUUCCAGCACCUGAGGCAGACUCUGAAGAGGACGACCUUGAAGUAGACGAUGAAGAUGUCGAUGAUGAGGAUGAUGAUUUGGAUGAAGACAGCCUUGAUGAUGAGGAGCUAGAUGACAGUGAGGGCCUUAGUGGUGAAGAUGAUGAUGAAGUACCCCAAUUGGUGGCAGCUGGAAAGGCCAAGGCGAAACAGAAGCCUGCAGCAAAAGGAGCUUCUUUAGAAGAAGGGAGCGAGGACGAUGACGAUGAUGAUGAAGAGGAUGAUAGUGACUUGGAUGAUGAGGAGGAUGAUGAAGACGACGGCGGCGACGAAGAUGAAGAAUGAGGAGGAGGAGGAGGACAUGCUCGUCAAGAUAAAGAAAGUAGUCAAAGCGGAGCAGGCCAAGCGUAAAGCAGCAGAUGAUGGGCCGACAGAGCAGACAAGAAAGCCAAGCAAGGAGGUGCACGGUCCAGUCGGCCAUAAUAUUGAUCACUAACAUGGGACAUGGGGGCCACACGGGUGAAACGCUCGUGGCAGUCAUGCAGCAUACAUAUACACACAAAUGUCACGCCCACAUUUUUUAUCAUUGUGAUUGUAGAUGUAUUACAAUUCCCUCCUCAUUGAUUUUGUUCUUUUAUUCAUUGCAGUCCCACUUUUUUUAAUAAAAAUAAUUA